UGGGUGCGGGAACAGAAACUUGCACUUGGGUCGAUGUGCCUCCCCUUGUUUGGAUGUAAGCAGCGCGGCUCUGCGUUCCCCCUAAACGCACGGAUCUCUGCUCUCAGCCCGGGUCUUUUACCCCCGCAUUUACAACAAACCCCCAGCCCAGCCAUGAGCCCCCCUUCGUCUCCCGGCCACGCUAUGGAUCGCACCCCAAAUAACGCGCUCGUCGCUUGAGACGGAAACAUAACAGGCUUGUUUUUGGGAGUGACUCACCUCCCCUUCCCCAGAGUUUGAUUCAAAAAGAGUUCAGAACCAAGAUGGCCGCCGAUCCCAUGCAGGCUGGCAUGGUUUCGGAGCAGCUGGGCCUGGGACACAACCUUGACCUGUCUGACACCAUGGUGCAACAGAAGCUAGAUGAAAUCAAGGAGCAGAUCAAGAGGGAAAUCCGCAAAGAGCUGAAGAUCAAAGAGGGAGUGGAGAACCUUAGAAAGGUCACCACAGAAAAAAAGAGACUGGCAUAUGUUGAUAAUAUGCUUAAGAAAUCCAACAAAAAGUUGGAGGAGCUGCAUCAAGAGUUGCAGGAACUCAACGCUCAUAUUGUGGUGAAGGAUCCAGAGGAUCUUCUCUUAGAGUGCCCACUUACUCUGGACAGCCCCAAAAGUGAAGCGCGAACUUGCACUAGCAGCAGUAGACUAGCAGCCCUGAAGAAACAGAACGACAUUGAGCUGAAGGUGAAGCAGGGGGCCGAGAACAUGAUCCAGAUGUAUUCAAAUGGCUCCUCCAAGGACAGAAAACUUCUUGCAACAGCACAGCAGAUGCUUCAAGACAGCAAAACCAAGAUUGAGUUCAUCCGAAUGCAGAUCCUCAAAGCCAGCCAGACCAGCGAGCUCAGCUUCGACAACAAUGACGUCAUCGCUAAACCCAUCAUCAGUCCGCUGGACCUGCGGGUGGAGGAGCUCUGCCAUCACACACGCAUAGAGUUCGCUGUAGCCGAAGGAGCCAAGAACGUCAUGAAGCUGCUGGGUUCUGGCAAACUGGCAGAGAAGAGGGCUCAUUCAGAGGCCCAAGCAAGAUUCAAUGAGUCUAAUCAGAAGCUGGAUUUGUUGAAGUAUUCCCUGGAGCAGAGACUCAAUGAGCUUCCCAAGAACCACCCGAAGUGCAGCCUGAUCAUGGAGGAGCUAUCUCUGAUGUCAUCUCCGACCCUCAGUCCUCGCCAGAGCUUCAUAUCUACACAGAACCACAACAGCACCGUCAAGAACCAGUACAGCACCAAACCAGCGGCUCUCACAGGUAAACUGGAGGUUCGACUCAUGGGAUGUCAGGAUCUGUUAGACAGUGUGCCUGGCCGCUCUAAAGCCACGUCCGUACCGCUGCCUGGUUGGAGCCCCAGUGAAACUCGCUCAUCUUUCAUGAGUCGUGGGAACCGCAGAGGAACCAGCGUUCGAAACCUCUCUAAAAAUGACGACUUGUCCAAUGAGAUUAGUGCCGUUCUGAAGCUUGACAACACUGUAGUGGGUCAAACCAGCUGGAAACCUGUCAGUAACCAGUCAUGGGACCAGAAGUUUACAUUGGAGCUUGACCGGUCUCGUGAGCUGGAGAUCUCGGUGUACUGGAGGGACUGGCGGUCUCUUUGUGCAGUCAAAUUCCUGCGACUUGAGGACUUCCUGGACAACCAGCGGCACGGAAUGUGCCUUUACCUUGAGCCACAAGGGACUCUGUUUGCAGAGGUCACUUUUUUUAAUCCAGUCAUUGAGCGACGAACUAAACUCCAAAGGCAGAAGAAGAUUUUUUCAAAGCAACAAGGGAGGACGUUCCUGCGGGCUCCUCAGAUGAGCAUCGGGACAUGGGGUCGACUGGUGAGGAGGGCCAUUCCUUCCCCCAAUAACUCUUUCAGUCCUCAGGUGGCGGAGCUGGCGGCCGAGACUGGACACAGCGGUCACCCUGGAACCCCUGCACUGAGGAGUGACCCAAUAGUGACUAAACUGGACUUUGACAGAGACACUACACCGAAGCAUUACUCUCCUGUUAGUGUGCGAGAAGUCCUGCCUGAGGACAAGAUCUCCAACAAAGAGCGAGAGCGGGACGCUUUGACGGCGUUUGCCUACCGAAACGACAGGAAUAGUAUCAUUGUACAGUCUGAUCUUGAAGAAAUAGUUGAACAUGAGACUCCACCAUCAGCAUUACAGCUCAUAAAUGUCCAGAAAAGCACAGAAAUAAGGGAUGAAGAAGAACAGUUUCAUUUCAGUCUUAAAGACUUUAAAUGUGUUGCAGUGUUAGGCCGUGGUCAUUUCGGAAAGGUUUUACUAGCAGAAUACACUAUUACUGGUGAAAUGUUUGCCAUCAAGGCCCUUAAAAAGGGAGAUAUUGUUGCCCGUGAUGAGGUUGAAAGUUUGAUGUGUGAGAAGAGGAUAUUCGAGACUGUGAACAGCGUUCGGCACCCGUUCCUGGUCAAUCUGUUUGCAUGUUUCCAGACUAAAGAUCAUGUGUGUUUUGUGAUGGAGUAUGCGGCAGGAGGAGACCUUAUGAUGCACAUUCAUGCUGACGUGUUUUCAGAGCCACGGGCCACGUUUUAUGCAGCUUGUGUCGUUCUGGGUUUGCAGUUUUUACAUGAGCACAAGAUCGUUUACAGGGAUCUGAAGUUGGAUAACUUACUGCUUGACACUGAGGGAUUUGUCAAGAUUGCUGACUUUGGUCUUUGCAAAGAAGGAAUGGGUUAUCGGGACAGAACCAGCACUUUUUGCGGCACUCCAGAGUUUCUGGCACCUGAGGUGUUAACUGAAACAUCCUAUACACGAGCGGUGGAUUGGUGGGGCCUCGGCGUACUCAUCUUCGAGAUGCUUGUUGGAGAGUCUCCAUUUCCUGGUGAUGAUGAAGAAGAGGUGUUUGACAGCAUUGUGAAUGACGAGGUUCGCUACCCACGAGUCCUCUCAACAGAAGCCAUCUCCGUCAUGAGAAGGUUGUUAAGAAGGAAUCCAGAGCGACGACUGGGAGCUGCUGAACGAGAUGCAGAAGAUGUGAAGAAACAUCUGUUCUUCAGAGAUAUUGACUGGGACGGAUUAUUAGCAAAGAAAGUAAAGCCACCGUUUGUACCCAUGAUUCAAUGCUCCAGUGACGUUAGUAACUUUGAUGAUGAAUUUACCUCAGAGGCUCCAGUGCUGACACCACCCAGAGAACCGCGGCCAUUAAACCAGCACGAGCAGGACCUGUUCACUGACUUUGACUACAUCGCAGACUGGUGUUAGCCAUAUGCUUGGCAUCCCCAUUCUCUCCACAAACACACACUUGCAGAAAAUGUGAAUCAGACCUUUUGCAGAUCUCCCUAUUUUGCUGUCAGUGUUAUUUUAGAUCCCCUUUUCAGUUUUAACAUGAUGAAGAAACUUUUAUUUUUUUUUUUAUAAGUGUUGCCUGUAUAUUCGGGUUCAAGGUAAUUGACCCAUUUCAUCAGAAUUGAUUGGAGCUAAGCACUAUGGAGGACGAAACCUGCAAAAACGAAAUUAAUAAAUACACAAAUAUAUAAAUAAAUAAAAAUAUUCCUGCAGAAAUAAAACAAUAAAUAAAUAAAUGUAUAUAAAAAAUCCACAAAUUCCUGCAUAAAUAAAUAUAUAGAAUAAUUAAUAGUGCGGACAGGUAAAUAAUUAAACGAGGUACUCGAAUGUUGGGGGAAGAAGAAAAUGCUAAAACUUAGUUUAUUUUUCCCCCUUUAAACAUUAAUUUGCUCUUGAAUGUUGUUCCGUAUUUAUAUUUCCUCGGCUCAACAUGUCAAUCAGAGGCUGUCUGUCACUCAUCAGAAGGUGGUCAAAACAAUCGAAUGCAAAAUUUUUCUAACGAUCAACCAAUGAUGGCAUAUAGACCGCCUUCUGAUGAUUGACAGACAGCCUCUCAUUAGCAUGUUGAAAAGUAAAUACGCAGCUAUGUUCAAGAAAUAAAUGAACGUUUGAGGAGGGGGGCAGGGGAUAAACUUUCAGUUUUAGCAUUUUCUUCUUCCCCCAACAACCAUGUAAUUUAUUUAAUUAUUCACCUGCCCGCACUGUUAAUUAUUUAUAUAUUAAACAGCAAUUUGUGGAUUUUUAAAUACAUUUCAUUAUUUGCAUAUUUAAGGUUUUAUUUAUGCAGGACUUUAUUUGCAUAUUUGCGCAUUUAUUUAUUGUUUUUGCAGGUUUCGUCUUUUAUAAAGCACUGACUGAACACGGAAAAAAAAACAUCAGUUCUUCAGUGUAGUUUUGAGCAUGUGAAUCAUGACUCAUUGACGCCCCCUAGUGCUGUGGAAGUCACAUUAAAGGGAUAGUUCACCCUAAAAUAUUCUAACCUUUGAGUUUCUUUAUGUUGAACACAAAACAAAGAUAUUUUGAAGUAAGCUGAAAGCUGGUCAUACUUUCGUAGUAGGAAGAACAAAUCCCAUGGAACUCAUUGGUUAUUACUGGUUUUCAGCCUUAUUCAAAAUAUGAUCUUUUGUGUUUAAAUAAAACUCAAAGAAGUUUGUGACAAGUGAAGGGUCGGGAAAUGAUGACAGAACUUAGUGCUUUGUGAACUAUCCCUUUUGACAGUCACACUGGGGAUGAUGAGCCUUGAUUUUGAUGUUUUUUGUGUGUGUUUGAAGCAUUUACAGUGUGACUGGUUUCAAAAAUAGUCUGUCAAAUGUCUGUGUUACUUAUUUUAAAGCCAUAGGCUGAGAUCAUCGUAUCUGAUACUUUGUAUCUCAUCCAAUGAAUGUACAGUUUGCCACCAUUACCAAAACAUCUAGCCAUUUUUACAUAAUGCAACCCAUACUCUUCUCUACAGUGAGUAUUGAUGAAUCUACAAAUAACUCAUGAAAUGUCUUUCAUUCAGUAACUUAUUUCUUUUUGUUUGCUUUUAAACCAGACUUAAGCUGUCCAUGGAUUUAUGCUGCCUUUUAAAAGUUUCUGCUCAGUUUGUUUUUGAAAGAGUUUUUCUUUUGAGGACUGGAGAAAUAAUAGCUGAAAACAAUUCAGCUUUGCCAUCUGAGGACAGGGUUCCCACGCUUCUUGAAAGUGCUUGAUUUUAAGAAAUGAGUUCAAGGCCAGGAAAGCACUUAACAAACAAACAGGUCCUUGCAAGUGCGUGAAUUUCAAGUUUAUGGUGUUAUUUCAACAAUUGUUCUGUGCUGCUUUCUAACUAAAUGAAAAAAAAAAACAAGAAAUUCUUAAUUGAAAAUGUUUAAAUUUCAAUAUUACACUUGACCUGUGACAAAUAAUGCAUUUUAUCAAUAUCAACACUAGAAAAGCUUGCCAGUAUAGAAUUCAACUAAUUGUAUAUUAAAGUUCUUUGAACAUGACUUAAAGGAUUGUUUAAAAUGGUCAACAUUAAAAAUGACGUUCAAAACAUCAUGACCUUUUAAUGUAAAUAUUAAGUGUAAGUGAAAUGUUAAGUCAGGAAGGACUAUCAUGGCGCUACAUAUGCUGGGGGUGUGAAUUACAAAUGUGAUUGAUUUAAAAUAUUAGUGAUUUAAAAAGUCCUUGAAAAUCCUUGAAUUUGGUGUUCAUGAAAGAGUGGGAAACCUCAGAGUAAAUUUCCUUUUAUUAUUAUUAUUAUUAUUAUUGAUAUUAAUAAUAAAUGCAGCCUUGGUGCAUGAGGAAACUUUCUCAAAAAUCAUACUGAGUAGAAUUUUCAAAUGGUAGUGUGUGACAGGCAAUAACAUUACCUCAGUUGUUAAAGAGAAAGUUCACCCAAAAGUAAAAAUUGAUUCCAGUACAUUGGUUUCAAACCUACCAAAAUUGGUAUCUACUGACAUCCAUUGUAGGGAAAAAUACUAUGGAUGUUAAUGGCGGACAGAAGAAACUCAAGCACAAGUUGACAGUGAGUAAUUGAUGACAGAACUUUCAUUUCUGGGUGAACUGUCUUUUUACAUUAGCUCUAGUUGUUCCCUACUGAAAUUCAUCCAUUAAAAAAAAAGCUCAUAACUAGUGGAUGAGACUUGAUAGACUGGAAUCCAUGCUAGACACCAAAUAUCCUGAACAUAUACUCCUGAAGCUUCAUGUGUAAAAAGCAAUCCAAACUGAGGGCUAGUUUGAGGUCUGGCGUGUUAUAUAGGCUACACUACAUGAACAUGAUCAAAGCUGGAAGCACUACUUUUUGUCUAAAAUAUCCAUGUUUUAUCUAAAUUGUGGGAAACCGAUGAUGUAAAAAGGUUUUCUAUAUGUUUGAGCAUGAGGUUUCCAAUGGUACAGUCACAAGUUUGACUUGGCAACGGUGUAAAUAACAGGUUUUGCUACAAACUGUCAGCCAUGAUGAAUGCAAAAAUUAAAUGUUUAUUAUGUAAAGUCA